AUGAAGUGCGUUCGCUCCCACGUCGAACCUCAACAGCCUUCGAACUUUGCCGCUACAGGAUCCAGCUCACAGCAGUCUCGGGAAGGAGGUGAUCACUCUGCCGACUUUGUCGGCGCGGGGACGAUCCCUCAGCAGUCUCAAGAAGAAACAAUCCUGAUUGCCGCCUCGGCCGAUGCAGAGACCAGAUCGAACCACCAAGACCGAAUGGCCAUCCUCCCUUCCUCCCUGACCGACGGAGACCAACUCCCUGACGAUUUCCUCCCUUGCUUCUUCAACUUCGACCAAUUCGAACGGAAUUGUGAAGGACAAGCAGUAUCUCCAAUCGACCCUACCUACUCAUCGGAAGUUCCUCGGCAGUCUCGAGAGGGAACGGAUUCGUCUCACGUCUUCCCUGAGGAACUACCCGACUUAGACCCACUCCUACCGUUGGAUUGGCAAGAACAAGCAGUAUCGUCAACGGAUCCGUCUCACGCCCUCCCUUCCGUCCUACCCGACGGAGAACAGCCCCUACAGGAUUGGCAAGAACAAGCAGUAUCGUCAACGGAUCCGUCUCACGUCCUCCCUUCCGUCCUACCCGACGGAGACCCAGUCCCACAAGAUUGGCAAGGACAAGCCGUAUUCCCGAUCGAUCCUGACACUUCGGUAGCAUUUUCUCAGCAGUCUCAAGAGGGAGGGGAUCACCCUGCUGAACUCUCCGGUCACGGUCUGGAGGGAAUAGUUGAGCCGUUCGACUUCUUACAGUUCUUGGUACAGCUUUCUUCAGAAGGUACCGGUCGGUCCUUCCAAUCUAUUGAUCGAAGCUCAAGCUCGCCGCUACCACACGAGGAUACGAAUCAGUCUCUUGACAUGGAAGAUUCAGAGACAGAUUCGGAGCAGUCUCGCGCAGAAGCCCCACGGACUCCAGAGUCCCUUGGUCUGCCUUGUGACCCGCCCUACUGGGCGACACCUGUGCACAGUCCCUCAGGGUACGAUACGCUGACCUUGGUCAGCAACGGCUCAGGAACGUUCGUGCGCGUCACGCACCCUGAAGCUAUCAGGUCCCUAAAUUCUCACUUGCAAGAAGUUUGCAAAGGAUAUCUGGCCGCGGACGAUGACGACAUCGAAGCAACUCUUUGUGGAAGGCAAUUCUCGGAGCCUCUGCAGGAUUUCGGCUACAGACUGCGCAGGCAGGGACUCGGCUACAAACUACGCAGGAAUGUGAUUCUGGACGACUACGCAAAAUAUUUCGAUUCGGUAUACAAUCAGCCUUCGCUGCUUUCUUUCUACCAAUCCUGCAAGCAACAACCAGCCGUACCUGAAGGAGUCUGGAUUUGCAUCAAGUCGGAGAGUUUUAUCCCUGUGGGCACUGUACUCGAGACUCUACCCAAACGGGUUCAAGAAUCUCAACUCGAACAGGUCAAUUUGGAAGACUUAAGUGCCCCGCAGUUGCAGCUCAUCAUCAGGGGCUUGUGGGAAACCUACGGCUCGUCGAUCUAG